GAAAACCCUCACCACUGUAUUUACCAUUUUCCUUCCCCAAGUAUUCUCUAACAAAACCCCAAUACGGUCCCAGCAGUGUCCGUUCUCGGGUGCCCUGAAACCAGACUCCCUAUCUCAUUAUCUUCUCUACUUGCUUUAAAAGCUUCAGCAACACUCGCUGUCUCAAAAAUGGAGUCUUCCCAACCCCAACAACAGCAGCAACAAGGACCCAAGAAGAGAGGCCGAAAACCGAAGCCAAAAGACGAGAAAGAUCAGCAGCAACAAAGUGCUGGUAAAACGAAAGAAGGAAAGAAAUCCCAACAACCAAGCGUUGAUGAGAAGUACACUCAAUGGAAGUCUUUGGUCCCUGUUCUCUACGACUGGCUUGCUAAUCACAAUCUCGUUUGGCCUUCUCUCUCUUGCCGCUGGGGGCCACAGCUUGAGCAAGCUACUUACAAGAGUCGACAGCGUCUCUACCUCUCUGAGCAGACUGAUGGUAGCGUUCCAAAUACUCUUGUGAUUGCAAAUUGUGAAGUUGUUAAGCCUAGGGUUGCUGCUGCCGAGCACAUCUCUCAGUUUAAUGAAGAAGCACGCUCACCUUUCGUGAAGAAGUACAAGACCCUCAUACAUCCCGGAGAGGUUAAUAGGAUCAGAGAACUUCCACAGAACUCGAAGAUUGUUGCUACACACACUGAUAGUCCAGAUGUUCUUAUUUGGGAUGUUGAAGCUCAACCCAACCGGCAUGCGGUUCUUGGAGCUACACAUUCUCGCCCGGAUUUGAUUUUGACUGGACAUCAAGAUAAUGCUGAAUUUGCUCUUGCAAUGUGUCCUACUGAACCCUAUGUGAUCUCUGGAGGGAAGGACAAAUCAGUGGUUUUGUGGAGCAUCCAGGACCACAUAUCUGGUGGAUCGAUCAUCAAACAGAACAAGCCUGGGGAAGGUAAUGAUAAAGCAGCCGAAGGGCCUUCUGUAGGUCCUCGUGGAAUCUUCUGUGGGCAUGAGGAUACAGUUGAAGAUGUCGCGUUCUCCCCAUCCAGUGCACAAGAGUUUUGUAGUGUAGGUGACGAUUCCUGCCUCAUAUUAUGGGAUGCACGAGUUGCCACUAACCCUGCUGUCAAGGUUGAAAAGGCACAUGAUGCUGAUCUUCAUUGUGUUGAUUGGAACCGCCAUGAUGAUAAUCUUAUCCUAACCGGGUCUGCAGAUACUACUGUUUGUUUGUUUGAUCGAAGAAAUCUCACUUCUAAUGGAGUUGGAUCACCAAUUUAUAAGUUUGAGGGACAUAAAGCUGCUGUUCUAUGUGUUCAGUGGUCUCCGGACAAGUCAUCUGUAUUUGGUAGUUCUGCUGAGGAUGGCCUCUUAAACAUUUGGGACUAUGACAAGGUUGGCAAAAAGGUGGAUCGUCCUUCAAAGUCUAGUUCUACGGCAGGACUUUUUUUCCAGCAUGCUGGCCACAGGGACAAAGUUGUUGAUUUCCAUUGGAAUGCAUCUGAUCCGUGGACCAUUGUAAGUGUUUCUGACGACUGUGACACCACCGGUGGAGGAGGGACAUUACAGAUAUGGCGCAUGAGUGAUCUGAUCUACAGGCCAGAGGAGGAGGUCUUGGCGGAGCUCGAGAAAUUCAAGUCCCAUGUCAUUUCAUGUGCCGGUAAAACAUGAGUGACAAGAUUGAUCGGAAGGCUUUGAUAGAUCCAGAUCGACUGGUAGGCAGCCAUGUUAGUGAUUUGCAGAUUUUCAGGCAUAGAUGCUUUUAGACAAACGGUUUUAGCAUUGAUAUUUGUGUGUUAACACUGAUCAUAACAUCAAGGCAACUGCUGGACCAUGAACCA